CAGGUGGUGCUGUCGCUGUGGAAAGAUGCGAUCAGUGGAGAGCGGAGGCUUUUCUUUAAUUGCCCAUUCUCUUAACAGGGGCUGAAGAGCCUGAAAGCAGCCGUCUGUGGACUCCGUGGACCGGGAGACAAACUCCACACGUGCACUGCGGCGUUCCACACGAGAAAUGUCGAUGUUGUGAGGGCAGAGGCAGACUUUAGCCGGUGGUUUUGGCUCGAGGUCAUGGAUUUGUUGAUUUCAUGUGACUUUUGACUCAAGUUGGUUUUUCAGAGCUCCAGUAUGUCCAAGCGACGCUUCUCAGAGAGGGGGGCUGGAGAGACGUCAGGCAGGGCCAGCAAGUUACAGUGUCCUGGGAUAUCCGGUAAUAAUGCCAAGAGAGCUGGGCCUUUUGUCCUUGGGCCUCGUCUGGGCAACUCUCCAGUGCCCAGUAUAGUACAGUGUCUCGCCAGAAAGGACGGGACAGAUGACUUCUAUCAGCUUAAAAUUUUGACGCUGGAGGAGCAAGUGGACUCUGCUGGAGAGACUCAGGAGGAGAGACAGGGAAAGAUGCUGUUGCACACAGAGUACUCGCUCCUGUCAUUACUACACAACCAAUAUGGAGUGGUCCACCACCAUGGCCUCUUCCAGGACCGUGUAGAGGUAGAGGACAUGGAAGCCAAUAAGGUGCGCAAGAUGAAGAAGCGGAUUUGCCUUGUGCUGGACUGCUUGUGUGCUCAUGAUUUCAGUGACAAGACAGCAGACCUAAUAAACCUCCAGCACUAUGUCAUUAAAGAGAAGAGACUGAGUGAGCGUGAGGCCAUCGUCAUCUUUUACGAUGUGGUGCGUGUGGUGGAGGCCCUUCAUAAAGAAAACAUUGUACAUAGAGACCUCAAGCUGGGAAACAUGGUGCUGAAUAAACGGACACAUCGAAUCACCAUUACCAACUUUUGCUUGGGAAAGCAUCUGGUAAGCGAGGAUGACCUGCUGAAGGACCAGAGAGGUAGUCCAGCCUACAUCAGCCCCGAUGUGUUAAGUGGUCGGCCAUACCGUGGUAAACCCAGUGAUAUGUGGGCGCUUGGUGUGGUCCUGUUCACCAUGCUGUAUGGCCAGUUCCCCUUUUAUGACAGCAUACCUCAAGAACUCUUCCGCAAGAUAAAGGCUGCAGAGUACUCAAUCCCAGAGGAUGGCCGUGUGUCUGAGAACACGGUGUGCCUGAUCCGUAAACUUUUGGUACUGGACCCUCAGCAGAGGCUCACUGCAGGAGAAGUGCUCGAGUCCCUCAGUGCCAUUAUUGCCUCUUGGCAGUCUGUUUCAUCCCUGAGUGGCCCACUACAGGUUGUGCCAGAUAUUGACGAUCAGAUCAAUCACCCAGAGCAUCUGCAAGAGGCCAAGGCUAUAGAAGAGUCUUCACAGUACGAGUUUGAGAACUACAUGCGGCAGCAAUUGCUGCUGGCUGAAGAGAAGAACACUAUCCAUGAGGCCAAGAGCUUUCUCACCAAGCGCCAGUUUGGCAGCAUCCCACCUGUACGACGUCUGGGCCACGAUGCCCAGCCCGUCAGCCCCCUAGAUGCUGCCAUCCUGGCACAACGUUUCCUCUGGAAGUAGCUCCCCAACCGCCAUUCAAAUCUUGUGGCCACUGCCAGGGACUGAGAAACCUGUGGAGUCCAGAGAGGGCUGAGCUCCACCAGCCCAAACUACAGGUGAACAUUGGCCAAGCUUCAUGGAAUGGGCUCCAGAACAAACUGGCAACCUAGAACUGUUGAAGAUGUCAACCAAAGGUUUCUUGCCCUCAGUUCACUCAGUUUUGUUUUUUUUUUUUUUCUCUCUGUGCAACCAACCUAAUGGCAUGGUCACACCUGGGGCUAACAAAAGGCGCUAUCUACAGUGUUUUGGUUGGGGUGGGUGGGGAGAGGCUGUUUAAACCCCAUAUUCCUACUUGUUACGAUCCCCUUACAUUUCUCCAUCUCCUCUGGAUCUCCUGAGCAAUACAGGACCAGAAUCAUGUAGCAACCCCUUCUUUCCACCUGGUAUCAGAUCACCUGAGGACAGAUUUAAGUUCUCUGGCCCUCUCUGUUCCAUCCUCCUUCUGCCACACUUUUCCUCUCUUCCCUCAUCAGAGUGUGAUCCGGAAUGAUCCCGUCUGUAACUCUGACUUCAAAUCAAUCUACCUCUCUGCUUAUCUUCUCUGUUGGUAAACCAUCCUCACUGUUUUGAGACAAGGGAUUGUAACAAUGGAGUCUUGAUACCACCAGUGACAUAAAGCAUUAGCGUUUUCUGUCAGUGAUGAUGGUCUGAAACCGUUUUGGCAGUUUAAAAAAAAUCAGAAUAAGCUUUCUUUUGAAUCAUAUUUACCAUAAUAAGUAGCAUUUUAUCCCUACCUUUAGCAUUGAAGAUACAAAAUACAACAGUACAGUGUGUGUGUGUGUGUGUGUGUGUGUUCAAGCAGCCUUUGAUAUUAGCAGAAUGGAUUGUCUCUUGCUUUUGCGCACCCUAUUGGAAAUUUGUUUUUAGGAUCUAGGCAGCUAGUGCGAGGUACCUGGAAGUCAACGAUGCCAAGAACUGCCAAGGCAUACUGACAGCAACACUUCCUCAGUGCCGUUAUAUCCAAGCUUGGGCACUGUCGUAUUUCCUUCGCCAAAAAUGUCUUAAAAUGAUUCUUAGCCAAGGAACUGGUACCAGCCGCCUCUUUCAGAAUCUAAUGGCUUCCAGGUAAUCUGACCUCCCUUAUUCUCUCAAUCAUUGCAGAUCUUUGGACAAGUGUGAAUGUGAACUAUCAGCCUACACUUUGGUGUGUGGGUGUCUGUUAGGCCAGACAGCCAUGAGGGCUGACUUCUGACGGUCACAGAGGCUUUAAGCUAACCUCCGGUCUUUGUGUCGUCUUAUCUGGCUUGUCCCAGUGGCAGACACUGUGAAAACCAGAGCACGCUUUGCUGGGAUGCCAUUUUGCUGACUGUCCUAAGUCAUACAUGCUUAAAGACUCGAAACUCUUCUCAUGCAUCUCAUUUUCCAGCCCUCUCAUGUUCAACACGUGCACAAUCAUAUUAUCUUGCCAUAUAGACUCUCUGGGACUGUGUGGUGGGUGGUAAUUAACAAAGUAAUAUCUCAUAGAAAAAGAAAAUAUGGAUUUAUAGCUUUUAAAUGUAGUUGCCGAGUCAUCUUUGCUUAUUGAUUCAUUCUCAUUUUAAAGUGUUUUGUUGUUUGUUUUUCCAAACCAUGGUGAAGCUACUCCCGGUGACUGUAGACCAUUUGUACGCUACAAAUCACCUUUUUUUGCAUUGGUACCUGCUUUGGGUUCUCUCAACCUAUUCCUCCUCUGACUGCGUGACUGUCGGUUCUGGAACAUUUUCAUGUGUUUUUUUUUUUUCUUUUUUUUUCUUGUAUGUUGUUGAUUUAUUUAUUUUCUUGUGUAGAUUUUCCUCUAAGCUGCUGGGGCCUGUAUCACAGCCAGACAGAAUUCCUACAUUUAAGUAUAUUUAGAUGACUUGUAUUUAUGCCAGUGACACAAGCCCCAAAUGUGCUUGCUUUCUCACAGCUUUAAAACGUGUUGUCACCUCUACUAUUUUGUUCCAAAGUGGUUUGACAUUAGCUCUUUUUGUUCUGAUGCACUCUGGUCACCUCCAUGCAGAGAAGCAUAUUUUCUUUAUUGUCCUUUUCCGGAUUACUUAAUUCAAUUCUUGCCAUUUUCCCACAGUGUUUGUGGUCUAAGCUACACUAAUAAUAAGACUGACUUUUGCAUAGUUCUAUUUUUUACAAAGUACAAUAAAUAAUAUUCAUAUUAUCUUGAUUAACAGGAGGGAGUUUUGUGUAGUGUUUUUUUUUUUUUUUUUUUCACCCCCCCUCACGUCAUUACCCCAAACCCACACAAGUGUGCGCUCUCUGGUCAGUAUGUAAAUAAAUACCAUCUUGACUGUGCCAGUUAUACUGUAUGUAGUUCCACCCAGUGAGAUACCAAGUGUUUAAACAUGUGUCGCUUGACGUGCAUUAUAGGCCACGUUGGCCAUCAGCCGCCACAUCCAGAGGUAAAAAUAACGAGAGCCACUGGCUUCCUCCCACCUCAGUGUGAAUUCCGUGGGUAUUAAGCAGUAUUGUAGUCUUCUACUUACUCAAAGGUGUUCCAUUAACACCAUAGCUGAAUACUGACAUCAAGUGAAACUGUCAUACAACAUCUAACACGGCCCAUAUUCAUAGAGGUAUAGACUCACUGCAGAAGAGUAACUUGAUGUUCAGUAGAUUUCUGAUAUUGGUCUGUUACCUGUUUCACAUUGUGUUUGUUUCAGUCGUAUUUAGUGGACUGAAAAUCAUGGAAAUGUGAGGUUAAACUUUGUAAAACAUGAUUGAAUGACUUUAUUAAGGCAUAACAGCAACUGAUGUGACUGUACAGAUAAUUUCCUCCUUUGGGUAAAUCGAUGGUAAGAAGGAUUAGCCCCUCAAUUGGUUGAGCCUUAAAUUAUUGAGAUAUAUAACUUAUUUUCACCCUGGACUUAAAGUGAUUAGUAUUCCAUAUACUGCUGAAUGUUUGAACUGGAAACUUGGAUGUGAAAUGUGGUGUCAUUUAAACCCAAUGGGAUCAUGUGUUGUAAGCUGCUUGGAUGGACAUCUGGAGACAGAAAACUGCAUAAUUGUACAGAUGAAAAACAUGUUUGUAUAAAAAAAAAAAAAGCAUAUUUUUCUACAUCAGAUCUCUACAUGCAUGUCAGCAAUAAACUUUGAUAUGGAAACAUUU